UGCACCGGUGCGGUGCGGGACGCGGAGGGACGGGACCCUCGCCCCCAAGGGUGCCGGCGCUGGUCUGAGUUUGCUUUCAGGACGCUCCUCCAUUUUUGACCAGAAUGGACCAGCGAAAGGGGGUUGACUGGACAGUCAUCAUUCUGACAUGUCAGUACAAGGACAGUGUCCAGGUCUUUCAGAGAGAGCUGGAGGUGCGGCAAAAACGGGAGCAGAUCCCUGCUGGGACACUGUUACUGGCCGUGGAGGAUCCUGAGAUUCGCGUGGGCAGCGGAGGAGCCACCCUCAAUGCACUGUUGGUGGCUGCGGAACACCUGAGUGCCCGUGCAGGCUUUACUGUGGUCACAUCUGAUGUCCUGCACUCAGCCUGGAUCCUCAUACUGCACAUGGGCCGAGACUUCCCCUUCGAUGACUGUGGCAGAGCCUUUACCUGCCUCCCAAAGGAGAACCUCCGGGCCCCUGUGGAGGCCUUGGUCUGCAACCUGGACUGCCUGUUGGACAUCAUGACCCACCAACUGGGCCCAGGCUCCCCACCAGGCGUGUGGGUCUGCAGCACUGACAUGCUCUUGUCUGUUCCUUCAAACCUCGGGAUCAACUGGGAUGACUUCCAGGGAGCCAGAGUGAUUGCUUUUCCUGGGAGCCCGGCCUAUGCUGUGAAUCAUGGUGUCUACCUGACUGACGCACAGGGCUUUGUUUUGGACAUUUUCUACCAGGGCACCGAAGCAGAGAUCCAGCAGUGUGUCCUGACUGAUGGGCAGGUCCCGCUGGUCUCUGGGAUUGUCUUCUUCUCCGUGGACACUGCUGAGCACCUUCUGGCCACCCACGUGAGUCCGCCUCUGGAUGCCUGUACCUACAUGGGCUUGGACUCUGGAGCCCGGCCUGUCCAGCUGUCUCUGUUUUUUGACAUCUUGCUCUGCAUGGCUCGGAAUGUGAGCAGGGAGAACUUCCUGGCUGGUCAGCCCCCAGAGAUGGGGCAAGGUGACAUGGAUGUAGCAGGUUAUCUUCAAGGUGCCCGGGCCCAGCUGUGGAGGGAGCUUCGUGGUCAGCCCCUCACCAUGGUGUAUGUUCCUGAUGGUAGCUACAGCUACUUGACCUCAUCAACCAGUGAAUUCCUGCUCAGCCUCACAAUGCCUGUGGUUCCUAAGGCCCAGAUUGUUCACUCCCAGGUAGAGGAGCCGCAGUUUCUGAGGCCUGGGUGCUCUGUGGUCAACUGCCUGCUGGAGGGUGCUGUGCACUUGGAGCCUGGGAGUGUCCUGCAGCACUGCCACCUGCAGGGCCCCGUUCACAUUGGUACUGGCUGCUUCUUGAGUGGCUUGGAUACAGCCCAGUCUGAAGCACUGCGUGGCUUGGAGUUGUGUGACCUUGUCCUGCAGGGACACCAUGUGCGGCUGCAUGGCUCCCUGAGCUACGUGUUUACCCUUGUUGGCCGUCUGGACAGCUGGAAAAGACAAGAGAUAGACACCUAUCUCAACAUGUCCUGGAGUGACUUCUUUAAGAAGACAGGUAUUAGAGAUUGGGACCUGUGGGACCCAGACAUGCCUCCCGCUGAGCGUCACCUUCUCAGCGCUCGCCUCUUUCCUGUGCUUCAUCCCUCGAGGGCCCUGGGGCCCAGGGACAUGCUGUGGAUGUUGGACCCCCAAGACGAUGGGGGCAAGGCCCUGCAGACCUGGCGAGUCUCCUGGCGCUUGUCCUGGGAGCAGCUACAGCCGCACCUGGACCGUGCUGCCACCCUGGCCUCACGUCGGGACCUGUUUUUUCACCAGGCCUUGCAAAAGGCAAGGCAUGUGCUAGAAGCCAGGCAGGACCUUUGCCUGCGCCCACUGAUUCGGGCUGCUGUCCAUGAGGGCUUCUCGAAACAUGUGCUGGCCAUGCUGGACCAGGUUGCAGCUGGGGCGGAAGACCCUGGUGUGGCCUCCCGGGCUCUGGCCUGUGUGGCUGAUGUGCUGGGCUGCAUGGCAGAGGGUCAGGGAGGCUUGCGGAGUGGUCCAGCUGCCAACCCUGAGUGGAUGAGGCCCUUUUCAUACCUGGAGUGUGGAGACCUUUCACGGGGAGUAAGGGCACUUGCUCAGGAGAGGGACAAGUGGCUGAGCAGGCCAGCCUUGCUGGUGCGAGCUGCCCGCCAUUAUGAGGGGGCCGAACAGAUCCUGGUCCGCCAUGCGGUGAUGACAGCUCAGCACUUCGUUUCCAUGGAGCCAGUAGAGCUGCCAGCACCGGGGCAGUGGGUGAUGGCUGAGUGCCCAGCCCGUGUGGAUUUCUCUGGGGGCUGGAGUGACACCCCACCCAUUGCCUACGAGUUUGGUGGGGCAGUUCUGGGCCUGGCUGUGCGAGUGGAUGGCUGCCGCCCCAUUGGGGCCAGGGCCCGCCGUAUCACGGAGCCUGAGCUGUGGUUGGCCAUGGGACAUCAGAAGGAUGAGAUGGCCACGAAAAUAGUGUGCCGGAGCCUGGACGACCUGCAGGAUUACUGUCAACCCCAUGCUCCAGGGGCACUGCUGAAGGCAGCCUUUAUCUGUGCUGGGAUUGUACAUGUCCGCUCUGAGCUCUCCUUGCAGGAGCAACUGCUGCACAACUUUGGGGGUGGCUUUGAGCUCCACACCUGGUCUGAGCUUCCCCAUGGCUCUGGUCUUGGAACCAGCAGCAUCCUGGCUGGCGCUGCACUGGCUGCACUGCAGCGGGCUGCAGGCCAGCUGGUGAGUACAGAGGCCCUGAUCCACGCGGUGCUGCACUUGGAGCAGGUGCUUACCACAGGAGGUGGUUGGCAGGACCAGGUGGGUGGUCUAAUGCCUGGUAUCAAAGUGGGGCGCUCCCAGGCCCAGCUGCCACUGAAGGUGGAAGUAGAAGAGAUCACUGUGCCCAAGGGCUUUGUCCAGAAGCUCAAUGACCACCUGCUGCUAGUGUACACUGGCAAGACCCGCCUGGCACGGAAUCUGCUACAGGAUGUACUGAGGAGCUGGUAUGCCCGGCUGCCUGCUGUCGUUCAGAAUGCCCACAGCCUGGUAAGACAGGCUGAAGAAUGUGCUGAAGCCUUCCACCAAGGAAACUUGCCUCUGCUGGGCCAGUACCUGACUUCUUACUGGGAGCAGAAGAAGCUCAUGGCUCCAGGCUCUGAGCCCUUAGCUGUGCGGAGAAUGAUGGAUGUCCUGGCCCCCUACGUGCAUGGCCAGAGCCUGGCAGGGGCUGGUGGUGGGGGCUUUCUCUAUGUAUUGACCAAGGAGCCACGGCAGAAGGAGGCUGUAGAGGCUGUGCUAGCCAAGACUGAGGGCCUUGGCAACUACAGCGUCCACCUGGUGGAAGUAGACAUGCAGGGUCUGAGCCUGCAGCUGCUGGGGAGUUAGCCUUCACCUGACACCCAUCUCCAUGAGGCUUGGGCCUUCUGAAGCAGGCAAGAAAUAACGCUACAGCCAGCUUUCCCUUCUGUGGGAGCACCCAGCCUGCUACUUCCCACCUACCUCUUUGGGUCUGCUCACAGAGGAAGCAAGACACAGGACAAGCAAGGCAGUGGAGAGGACUGUAGACUCUGUGGAGCGGACUGAGGAAGACCGUAAGCUCAGUAUCCAUGUAGCCUUUCUAAAGGACUGUGGCCCAGCGCACUCCUCUCUCCGCUAAGGCCUAAAAGAACACGAUGGCAACCAGCCAUAGGGUCCCUCGGUAAGGUGACCCUAGAGGCCUGCCUUAAGAGUUUUAGGGUCUCCAUGCUCCACUCUCCUCAGCUGGAAUGAGCGGUUGUGGGCGUGGGUUCCAUUCCAUUUACUGGUAAAUCCUUGCCAACCUACACCUUUACUAUGCCAACACUAUGGACAGUGACCCUGUGUGCAGUAAGUUUUCAACACUGACAUGCGUGGAAUAAACUCAACUCUGCCCUU